UGACUCUCUCUGACUCUCUCCCCCACUUUGUGCUAGUGCGCCCUGUGCUCUUGUGACUUCUCACCCCCACUUAAGAUGGUGCUGAAAACCUCCAGAAGUUUCCCCCAUCUCAAAAUGUACUUUAAUUAACAACAUUAAUUAGCUGACUAAUUGUGUCCUCAAUUCAUCGAUAUUACAAUUUACAAUAAACUCUGACAAUAAAGGCAAACCCAAUUUCACCCUUAUUAGUAAUGCACAGCAAUAAAUAUGAUUCAAAUAAAACUCUACUUCGCGACGCACUUUACGGCCAGCCGUUUAGGCCGGUCUCUGUUCACUCAGUCUAAUAAACCGAAGUUAAGCAAGUUAAAAAUCAGUAGUUGAGUGUUUUACUUCAUACGACUACCGCUCCUACAUUUUGGUGACCCCGACGCUCCGACUGCACGGACACCUUACCUGGCCGCACCUGGAUGCCUACCUAGGACUACCUGGCCGCACCUGGAUGCCUACCUAGGACAACCUGGCCACACCUGGAUGCCUACCUAGGACUACCUGGACGCACCUGGAUGCCUACCUAGGACUACCUGGACGCACCUGGCCGACUACCUAGGACUACCUGGACGACUCCCUGGAUACCUGGACGACUACCUAGGACACCGGGACCCCUGGACGACUACCUGGACGCCUGGAACACCUCGACGCCUACCUGGAGGAUCCCUGGCCCAGCAUACCUGUCCGGCUACACACCUGGAUCGACGCCCAGCUGCAAAAGCAAUAUUUUCGUCUCUGCGGACUGCCUAGCAACAGAGAUGCAAGCAGAAGACGUGGAAGCCCCCUCCGUCCAGAACAUCACCCAGCUUCGCCUACCCGACUUUUGGAAAGGCGACGUCGAAUCUUGGUUCGAGCGUGUCGACGCAUUUUUCACCCUCCGGCGGAUCAAAAGUGACGAGCAACGUAUCGCCUGGAUUAAACAAGGCCUUCCAGCAGACAUCUACGUGCAGACGCGCGACAUCUUCAGGAACUUACCCGAAACAGACUCCUAUAACCACGUAAAGGCGGAAAUUUUGAAACGCCUUGGUCCAACCAAAGACCAAAAACUGCAACAGCUGCUGGCGAGAGAAGAACUGGGGGACCAAAAGCCCUCAACCUUUCUCCGCAAAUUGCAAUGCCUCGCAGAUAAGGAAGGUACUGACGACAUGCUGCGCACGAUCUGGAUCAACCGGCUUCCGAACGAAAUCCGCAAGCUCCUUGCCACACAGACCGCCUGCUCCCUGACGGACCAAGCAGAGACCGCUGAUCACAUUUGGAACAUUCUUGGCAAACAACAGCACACUUUUGCUGCAACCGCGACCCGCCCACCACUCGUGGCCCUUGAUCCAUAUGACGACUACCGACGCCUCAUCGAAAAGAACCAGCGCGACAUGCAACAACUGGUGUCUGGCGUGCUGGACAGCAUCCAGUCCUUGGCCAUCAGCCUUAAACAAGACCGGGGACGAAGCCCUCGUCGCCACGACUUUGUUCAGAAUGACAGAGUGGACGACAGCAAGAAAUUCGAUCGUCGCCGCAACCGCAGCCGAUCUCGUCCUCGCUUCAACUCCGACGGCACCUGCUUCUACCACGGAGAAUUUGGCUCCAAGGCACGGAAAUGUCUCGAAGGAUGUAAAUUCUUCCAGCCGGGAAACUUAAACAGCAAGUGCUAGAGGCGGCAACCAC